AAUAGUAUUCCCUCGGGUACAGAAUUCCACCGGACUUCUAAAGAGUACAUAUAUAAGUGCGUGUCUUAUCCUCUCUCGGAACACACACACCACAAAGCCCCAUGGACGCCAUUGUUCUGUAUCCAUCACCUGCAAUUGGUCACCUUAUCUCCAUGGUUGAGUUAGCUAAGCUCAUCCUCAAUUAUAAACCUUCACUUUUCAUCCACAUUAUAAUUUUUUGUCCACCCUACAACGCCGGCUUCACCGCCCCUUAUAUUAAUAAAGUUUCAGCUACUGUUCCUUCCAUUAUCUUCCACCACCUCCCCACUAUUACCCUCCCUCCAUCAAUUACCUCCUCCUGUCGCCACCAUGAAACCCUCACCUUUGAAGUCCUCCUCCUCAAUAACCCUAAUCUUCUCCAAACCCUCCUUUCUAUCUCCAACAAUUACACCCUCUGUGCUUUUAUCGCUGACUUUUUCUGCUACGCUUCACUAUCAGUCACUGCUAAACUCAAUAUUCCUAGUUAUGUAUUCUUUACUUCUGGUGCUGGUUGUCUCUCUUUCUUCCUUUACAUUCCUACGAUUCACAGAAACACCAACAAAAGCCUUAAAGAUAUGGAUAACCUUCUUCAUAUCCCAGGCGUUCCGCCCAUGCCUCCCAAAGACAUGCCAAAACCAUUACUCGAACGUGAUGAUAAGGCCUAUCAGUUCUGUUUAGAAGCCUCAAUUCAGUUGCCAAAAUCAGCAGGAAUUAUACUAAACACGUUCCAGUCUCUUGAACCAAGAGCUGUCAAAGCAAUGACAGACGGGCUAUCGGUGACGGACGGCCCCACUCCACCCCUCUACUGCAUCGGACCAUUAAUCGUAUCGGAUAAUCGGAGAGGUGGCGGCGGUGGUGAUAGUGAUAGUAAGCCCGAGUGUUUGGCGUGGCUCGACAUACAGCCGAGCCAAAGUGUUUGUUUUUUGUGCUUUGGUAGCCUAGGAUUGUUCUCUGUGGAGCAGUUGAAGGAAAUUGCUAUGGGGCUGGAGAGAAGUGGCCAAAGGUUCUUAUGGGUGGUGAAAAAUCCACCUUCUAAAGUCAAAAGCAUGGCCAUUCCGGAAGAAUUGGACCCCGAUUUGGAUUCGAUACUUCCAGAAGGGUUCUUGGAUCGAACCAAGGAAAGGGGAUUCGUUCUCAAUUCCUGGGCUCCACAGGUGACCAUUUUGAAUCAUGACUCGGUGGGUGGAUUUGUGACUCACUGCGGGUGGAACUCGGUGCUUGAAGCAGUGAGUGCUGGUGUACCAAUGGUGGCAUGGCCUCUCUAUGCUGAGCAAAGAUACAAUAGGAUUUUGCUAGUGGAAGAAAUCAAGAUCGCUUUACCUAUGGUGGAGUCUGAAAACGGGUUUGUGUGUUCAACUGAAGUUGAGAAGCGAAUUAGAGAGUUGAUGGACUCGGAGGAAGGUAACUCGGUUAGGAAACAAACGUUAGCAAUGAAAAAAGAGGCAAAAGAAGCACUGAGUGACGGCGGCUCGUCUUCUGUUGCACUAUCCAAAUUUGUUGAGUCAUGGAAGAUAAAAUGA